GAAUCAGAUGCAGGUAGCCUUGAAAUGUUAGAGUUGGUAAUAAUUGAGGCAGGCUUCCAUACCUUGAGACAUCAAGCCGUUAUCUGGCCCAUGGCGUUAUUAUGUAAUGGAUCCGAAGCCAUAUUUGAAUGUUCUUCGAGAUAAUUAUUGAACCUCGUAUACUUAACGCUAGCAAUUCACUCUGUGAUUAACUGUAUAGUCGAAGCUGUCGAGUUCAACCAUUUUGUUUUUCACAACACCUUUAGCUCCUAGAAGUUGCACCAGUACGAGCCAUGUAUCUGUCUCGAACCAUGAACGUGAGUAAACACUUAAUUUUUCCAAUAUAGUAUCGCUGACAAACUUGGAAGUUAUUUCAGCGUUCCGUCGGGGUCCCCUUGCUCCCGAAGACUCCCGAUGUGUCUCUUGACGCUACUGGCCUUGUCGCUCUUGCGGAUCUUACCACUAUUCAACUACGGACAGUACUCACAGGCACGGCCGCACUCUUGGACACCUUAGUGCUUUGUCCUGGAAUCCACAUGCAGCAGGACUCAACUAGUCUCAACGGCGGCGAGUAUCCAGCCUGCGGUGCCCUCACGACGGGGUUCGUCUUUCGCAUUGAGAACCCCGCCACCGUGUACUACCUGCAGAAAAUGGGUAGAACUGGCUGCUUAACGACGUUAGCCGUUUCUAAGGCCAACGAAUCCGACGGAUCUGGUCCUUGGUACGCGCGGGCUAUUUCUCUCUUAUUUUCAUCUUCCAAUACGCCGCUUAUUCCAGCGUUGGCAUACGGAGCAGCCGUGCUGUGGAGCAUUGCCGUCAUCCUUCUCAUGGGCUUUUCGCACGACUGGUGGGGUCUCGCAGUUGUCCUGAUGCUCAUGGCUUCCCGACUAUGUAACAUUAUCGUUAUCCGUCGAAGGGCUAAGCCAGACUGGUUCGGUGCGUUGGAGCCUGGGAAAAAGGGCGAUCUUUUGGUCCUGCUCAGUCAAGAUCGCUGGGUCAGGAUCAAGGGAGACGUGGACCACCUCAAAGCCGUAACGUCCGGGCAAUGGCUUCGAGACCAACACAUGAUUAAAAGUUGGGCCACCGCCCUUGCUACCCUUGUAGUAUAUCUCGCUGCCGCCCUGGUGAGCAACGUGACGCAAUUUGGGAAGAUUCUUAUAUUAGCUCUUUUAGGCGGUUCAGUGGGACUGCUCGCGUUGACAAACUCCAUGACAGAAACUCUUAUGAUGCACGGGUAUGUUGUUAAACAUGUUGAAACUAGUCAGAAAUAUGAAAGGCGGUUGCAUCUUGCGGAGCAGCUCAUAAAGGAGACUGGCCGUGACGAUUGGGCGAUUCAAAUGGGUAUGAUCUCAAGGAAGACGAAUUCUGAGGGCACGAUGGAACAAAGGCCUGUCGUGAUGUAGGAAAACAUAACAUUUCAUUUGCAAGCUGAGCAUGUUUUGAA